ACUACAGGAGCAACAAUGAAGACCACGUUGAUUGUGUUCGCAGUACUGGCUUCUUCAGCGCUGGCUGAAGACAGCAAAAAAUUAACGGAGAAGAACGAGACAGCAGUGGAAGGUCGAGGCCUGUUCUUCGGCAGCAACAAUGGAUUUCCUGGCUGUCCACCAUGCCCGUGCGGGUACGGCGUCGGUGCCGGAGGCUUGGGAGGUUUUGGCGCCUCUGGCGUUGGUCUCGGUCAUGUGGCUGGACCGGCAUUAGGCCUUAGCCCAGGUGUUGGUCUAGGCUCUGGAGUUGGUGCCGGCCACGGAGUCGGAGGAGCAGGUCUGGGUUCCGGUCUCGGAAUCGGUCCCGCAACCGAAGUAUCCGGGCUCAGUCAUGGUACUGGGGCCGGCCAUGGAGCUGUUGGAGUAAAUGCCGGUUCCGGACUUGGACUUCAGCACGGAGCAGCGAGCAUUAACCCGGCCGUCGGCGCAGCAUCAGCAGACCUGGGAGGCGUUGGACUUGGUGCCAGCGGUGGUUCCAGCGCCGUCCUCACUCCCGGAGCUGGUGUCGGCUCCGAAGUCGUCGUUGGUGGAGGACCUGUUGUGGGACCCGCGGGAGGUGCUGGACUCGUUGCAACUCCUGUUGUCACUGGUUCAGGCAUCGGAGCUGGCGUUGGGGCUGGCCAUCAGUCAGCGGCUUCCGGCCACUCGGGUUUCCAGACGGGCUCCGGAUUCGCCAACAAGGCUGGUGGGCACAAGGCUGGCCAGGGAAGCUUCGCCUACAAUGUGGGAGGGUCAGACAGUAGCUCGUACGGGCACAGCAGUUCUUAUGGCGACUCCAAGAGCUUCGGCCUAAGUUCCAGCGAAGGUUCUAGACAUGCCCAAGGUCAAGGCAGCCAUGGAAGCGCCUUCAACAAGCAGGCUGCCGGCUCAGAAGCGUCUAGUCAUAGCUCCGGGGUCAAGACAAAGGUGGUCGUCUAAGAAAUGCAGGCUCAAUCUUGCAGAGCUGACUAUGCUUGCCAAAGAAACAUUGUAUGUAAAAGCCAAAUAAA